GCAACAGGUUGCUGUGAAGCCUUUACCAAUCUGAAAUUGAUUAUUUUCCUAUAAAAGCACAUAUUAAAGUCAAUUUUUCAACGAUUACAAUUACAAACAAAUGAUACACUUUUUAUCCAUUUAUAGUUACAUUUAACGUUGUUGAACACUUAUGAGUUAAUCACUUGCUUUAUAACGGCCCUCUUUCCCUCACUUUCCUUUGAAGUUAAUACAAAAGACAAGACAAAAUAAAAUGUAGCUUGUUACUGAAAAACUGUAAAGGCUUCUGUCUUUCGCAUGUGAAAUAUCUCUGACACUGGAGACUCCUUCCAAAAAAUGCUAAAUAAAGGUUGUGUAUACAGAAAACUCCACUAUAUCAACAAGAAAAAUUUUUUUUUGAAUAACUUGUUUUUAAUCCGUUAAUUAUUAGCUUACUGUAUUACUAUAGAGACAACAUAUUAGAAGCAGUGCAUUAAUAGUAUAGACCUGUGAUUUUCCUUAGAGCCGGCACUACUGUCAGGGCUGCUGUUGUAGAAAAUAAAUGAACACUUUCUGACCAAUCAGAUUGUAGAAUUCAGCAGCGCUGUGGUGUAAGCGGUAAAAAACGACAAGAAUCUGACACAAUAUGACACAUUCGUUUGCCAGCAGUAAUUUCAAAAGCUAUGUUAGAAGUGUGUGUUAAGUGUGUGAGUAUGUGUGUUUGUUUCUCUCUCAGUAUCUUUGCCAGGCUCCGGAAGAUCAGGAUCUAGCUGGAGAUGGUCAUUGUGGGUGUGGCCUUACAGUAAAUGACAGUGUUAGGAGGAGGAGCGUAGGAGUAGAAGGGGAGCGUUUGACAGGAGGGCUCCACAACAAGCCGUGGCAUUUGAGCUCGGUGCUGAGGCAGUCUGCACCCACUGGCUGGCCAACGUCCCGGCACAGAUUCGCCUGGAGAGAGUGGGGGUGGAAAUGAGUGAGGGAUCUUCUGAAAGGUAGAACGUUCUAUAUUGAUGUGUAGAAGAAAGACAGGGCUUGUUGGGGAAAAGGCAGGAGGGGUUUAAAGAAAAGUACAAGUACAAGGAUUCACUCUGCUUCCCAGGUGUCUGCUGUCCUUGGGCUUUUUUUAGGGCUUUAUUUUUACCACCAGCACUGCAUUCCUACACCUCGGCCCAGAGGCUUGCAUCUGCUAGCACGCUAGUGUGUUAAGUUCUUUUGUGGGUUUUUUUUUUGCUGUGGACAUGGCCAUGGCCGAGACGAACCUCAAAUUGGAUCGCGUGGCUCUUUGCGAAAUCUCUGACGAUGAUGAUGAGGUGGUUUUGGUCACAGCGGCGGCCAAACCUUCAGUAACGACCCCGGCCUCCAACCGCAAACAUAUAGACGACGAUGACGAUGACGAUGAAGAAGAUGAACCGUCCAAAGAAGUGGACCUGAAGCUGGGACUGGAGAACAGUGACUCCCAGAAAUCAGAGGCUCAAGCUACAGGCGUGAUGGUCCUGGCUCUCUUGGACAAGAUCAUCGGCGUUGUGGAUAAGAUCCAGCAGACGCAGAAUGGCCUGGAGUCCCGGCAGGAAAGCAUGGAGAAGAACAUGUCGAGCAUCCAAAGCGAGCUGAACAAGCUAGCCAAGAGCCAGGGUGGCACAGCCGGCACGGUCACCAAGCUCCUGGAGAAGGUGCGCAAGGUGAACGUCAACGUGAAGAGCGUACGGGCCGACCUGGAGAAGCAGGCGGGUCAGAUUAAGAAGCUGGAGAACAACGAGCAGGAGCUGCUGAAGAGGAAGAAUUUCAAAGUGCUCAUCUUCCAGGAUAAAGAAAAGCCAGUGAAGACCACUGUGAAGCCCGAGGCAGCAGUAAGUGAGGAGGGUGAACACGUGCUGAGUGAGGGAGAGGAAGCACAAGGCACAGAUGAAGUGGUUGAGAUCGAGGAAACCGUGGAGGAAUCGCGGGUGGCGCGCAUCAAGCGCAGUGGCCUGCAACGUGUGGACGAAAUUAAGAAGGCCUUCAGCAAGGAGCAGAUGGAGAAGACCAAGCAGCGAACCAAAGAGAACCUAGAGAAGACCCGUCAGAGAACCAAGGAGAACCUGGAGAAGACGCGCGUGAGGACCCGCGAGAACUUCCAGAAGACCAGGGUGAGCCUUGGGAAGAAGAUGGGCAAGCUAGGAACCAAGAUCAGGCCCAACAAGGAACGCAAAGAGAAGAUUCGUGCGUCUCGUGUCAAGGUGAAGAAGUCGCUCAAAUCCGACAACAAAGUCUACGCCCGCUCAAAGAUCACCACUUACCGAGUGCCGCCAUUCACCUUCUACGUGAAGAAGAUCCGCGAGGGUGAGGAGGAGCCAGAGCCUGAAGCCGAGCCUGAAGCCGAGCCUGAGGAUGAAGCUGAAGAGCUGCAAAUGGAGGACAAGGAGGACGUAGAGGUGAAGGAAGCCGAGCUGGUGAAUCUGAGCAGCCCGGAGGAGGUUCUGCUCGAGGCAGCUGAACAUUCGCAACUCGUAAUCCAGGAUUCAGUGCAGCCACGGGAGAAAGCCAGUCAAUGAAGCCAAAGCAGGAGCCCCUCGUCUGGAAAAAAUAUAACCAUGUGUGGAAGUCUGGAGCUGAAAAUGAAGGCUACAUGAAUGUAUACAGAUAUGACAGUGAAGAGUAAAACUGAUGAAUGAUGACAAGGCACAAAAGCAUGUUGGACUGAAGAACAAACUCAUUUACAUUAAGCUCUUCAUAUCUAUCUAUCUAUCUAUCUAUAUAUAAUAUAUAUAUAACUGCCUCCAGGCAGUUGUUUCUAAUUGCAGUCUUUACACUUUUGAGUUUUAAUACACUUGAUACAACUCAAGUGUGAAUUGUAUCAGGUGUACCAGGGAGCUUUCACACCUUUUAGUCUGUUAAUCAGAAUAAGAGUGAAAUUGACACUUGUGCUUCAGUUACUGUUUGGUUUGGUUUUGAUUUUACAAUGCAAAUAAUUACAGAACCAACAAGCAAAAAAGGGGGUAUUGAGGACUGAAUACAUAUGUGUAAAAUGUCUUUAUUUAUUGGUCAGAAAUACAACUAUGGAAAAAGAUAAACAAACCUUUGCCAAGUUCCUGUAGAAAUCGGAGCCAGCACUAAAUAAAUGAUUAUUAUAAUUAUACAUAAAUAACUAGUUUAAAGCAUAUUUGAAUCCAGUGCUUAUUUUAUUUAUUUAUUUAUUUGCCGCAUGCAACAAGCAACCUCACAUUUCUGCAGCUCUACAGCUCCACCAUUUGGCUCAGUUGGUGUCUUGUGGCUCAGUUUAGCGGCUACAAAAAACUGAAACACAACAUAAAAUACAUGGCAUUCAACUGAAUCAGAGGUGAUUUAGAGUCGAAUCAGAAUUCAGAGUUCACUCGGACUCUCUCGGACUGGUUAAUUUGGUCCAAUCCGAGUGCUCAUGCUAAGUUCUCACCUACACAAACAAAACGUACCAAUGGUUCAAUCCAACUGGACUAAACAUUGCAUAUGUGAAAGCACCCUACGAGUCUUGCGUCCUUAAAGACUGCAAUUAGAAACCGCUGCUCAGGACAGUUGUAAUUUGAACCGGGCAGUCCCUAAAGACUUUUACAAGCAUUCACAAAAGGAUGACAUGGAUGUCAGGCUUGAGCAUCGAUUUGGACAGGGAUAUGUCAUCUGAAUCGACCAAUACAAGGCUGACUAGUGAGAGCUCUACGAAUGUCAAGGUUAAUAUUUGCUCCAAAUGUUAUAUGCAUAAUUGUAAAUCCAUUUGUGAAUGAUUUGUAGCCAAGUUUUAAUAUUAAUUCUGCUUUUAUUAACCAUAUUAAUUAUUAACCAUAACCAGAUUAACCAUAACCCUAAUGACUAUGAUUUGGUUAGUAAAUAUAAGUUAACGUACUAUUUUCGGUUGUGCAGAUUAACAGUCUUGAGUUUAAUCCCACUGGAAGAGUAGAUUGUGAAAGGGAAUUUUAAAAUCCUAUAAUGAAAAUGGCAAAAGAAGAAUGAAAGAAUACAGAUGAUGAACUAAGUCUAUUACUUCUUGAAUGUUUUUUUGGGUUUUUUUUUUUUUUUUUUUUUGGUUGGACAGCCAAUGGGCCUCAUUCAUCAAAGUUUGCUUCUUUUUUGCAUGUCCCAAAACAUGAGCCAACAAAAUUAAGAACAUUCCAAGUCUGAUUCAUGAUCUCUUUGUUUUUAGCCACGUGGAAAUCUUCAUGAAUUGCACUUGAUCAUUGAUUGCAUGUGUGUUUCAGUCAUUUGUCAGCAUAACCAAUCUCCCAUAAUGUGUGCCUGGAAUUAACACACCAGAACAUGAUGCCACUCAAAGACAGAAAAAAAUCAAAUCCAAACACAGAUCUACACAAUUUCCCAUUCACCCCGAAUGCCAAGAUGUGUUUGAUGCCUGUUCAGAUUUCCAUUAAAGCAACAAUGCUAACAUUAACAACUAAGGAAAGCUUAUAGCUACCAGUUUAGGACUGUCCACACAGCUGGCCUAAAUACAUUUGGGUGACUUACUUGUUAGUGAAAUUAACCUCAUAGAUCAAGUGAAAAAACUUAAGAAGCAAGCUUUGGACACCAAACACAUCUAUAGUGUCCUAUAUACACUAUAUUGCCAAAAGUAUAUGGGCUCCUGACCAUCAUACACAUAUGUGGUUCUUCCCCAAACUGUUGCCACGAAGUUGGAAGCACACAAUUGUCUAGAAUGUCUUUGCAUGCUGUAGCAUUACCAAACGUGUUCCAGCAUGACAAUGCCCCUGUGCACAAAGUGAGUUUUUAUUAUAACAGAAAAAGGGGACUAAAUCUGGAUGUUCAACAAACACAUAUGCUGUGAUGGUCAGGUGUCCAUAUACUUUUGACCAUAUAGUGUAUGUUAACUUACUGUUAUGUUGUUAACAUGACUUAUGCAGAGGUGCCAACAUUUAUGGGCUAGCUGUAGCAAUUACAAUUUUGACUCAAUACGGGAGCCACCUGUAAAAUUGUUUUUUUUUUUACUUUUACAUCUUAAAACAGCAGUCAGACCAAACGGCAAUAAAAUUCACCCUGCGGAGAAACCAAUUCACUGAAGGGGAAAGGACGGAAAGGAGUCAACAUGGCUAUUUAUUUGUUUUGCAACAAUUUUUAACUGUAAUUUCGCAAACGUAUGUUUUGUGAACUAUUAGAAAACAAGAUGUCUCUUUGGUUGCAGGGUAGAAUGUGUUGUUGCUCGUUUAUGCUGUUAGCGUGGAACCACCAACCUGUGGUGUUUUUUGGGUUUUUGUGCUAACAUUCUGUUUUUUGUUGUUUUUUGCCUACUAGGAUUUUUCUUGCUAGUAAUGUUGGUAGCUUUACUUAAGGUUUAUUAACAGUGAAGUUCAUGGUGUAUUAAUGUUAACUAAUGCAGUAAAUAUUGUUAAUUAAGGGAACCUUAAUGCAAAGUGUUACUCAAUUAAGAUCAAAUCCCGGUGCAUGGUUGAUAAGUGAGGCCCAUUGACGUGAAACUGACACCUUCAGUGCUUAAACAGAUGAGGGGAAUUUUGGGGUGUCAAUGUACAUUUUAUUAGUUUUUCAGUGAUUUUAGAGAGCUUCUUUAAUUCGUAGCUAUCGAAAUAUCAGAAGCAUCAGAAGCAUGCUUAGUGUUGCAGUGUUUAUCCUGUACAUAAUAUAAUCAUGCUAAUCAUGUUUUCACUUGUUCUGUACAUAUGAUACAUUAGAACAGAUUCAGUAUUAAUAUAGGAACUUUUCUUACCGUGAUAUAUUCAAAGAUUUACUCUGAUAGAAUGUCUCUGUCCAGCUUCAGAUCUGAAAGAAGGAAUGCAUAUUUUUAACAAAUUGUAUAUGUGCAAGAGCGUAUACAGUAUGAACCAUUUUUAUAUGCAUGACAGCAAUACAUACUGUUAUAUUUAUAGUAACUAGAUAAAUGGCGCCGUGAACAUGUGUUAUGACAGAUUGAUAUUUUGCUGGUCUUUUUUCUGCGUUUACUAGAGCACCAGGGAGAAACUGGGACACAACUGAUUAAAGUUUUUCAUCGAACUAUUAGUCAGGUUUUUGUUUAUUUCCUGUCUGUCUGCAGUGGGGAUUGUUACGGUAAAAGCUCCAGCUCUAAUCAGCUCCAAAGGUCACUUUAUGUUUAUCCAUGGCUUCUGAAUGUUUGGAUUGUUUUUUUUUGGCUGAAAGAAGUGUACAAUGCUUUGCGUAAGGAAAUAAUAACUUUUUUUUUUUUUUUUUUUUUGCUGAGGUCAGUUAUUGUGGGAAUGAAAAUAAAGAAAUGAACACUC